AUGACUGAGUGGGCGACCCCCACCGGCUGCACCCGAGCCCCCCAGGCAAACCCCAACCCCGAGCAGCCAGCAGCAGGGGCCGGGACACCGGCUCCUCUCCACCCCGCCGUAAGCCACAAGGCCAGGGACACCCCCUCCCUCCCAACACCCCGCAGCCCCCGGGGGGCCUCCCGCUCGGCUCGGCCCGGGGGUGGGAAAGGACCAUGGAGGGGCGGGCGGUCCCUGCCCGCCCUGGGGGGGAGCGAAGCUCGGCAGCCCCCUCCCCCGCCUGCCCGCCGGCUGCUGCCGCCGCCGCCGCCUUUCCUCGCCGCCCGGCCAGGCUACGCCGCCUGUGCCACCGCCGCCUCCAUCUUGGGGUCUCUCCUCCCUCACACACACCCGCGCCGGGGUCGCGGGAAGGUGACCGGGCAGGCGGGAAGGAGCCGAGGGAGGCGGGUGCGCUACAGCCUGCGGACCCCCGCUCCAUCCCCGAGUGGCGAGAGCGGCCCCGCGGCCCCUCGCCGAGAAGCGGGUGGCGACGGAGAACCCCUCUAUAAGGGGAACGGGAAGCGCCGUGUCAGCCCGGCCCCCCCUUUGCCGCCAUCUUGCCCCCCCUUCUUCGCAGCGUCUGUGGGCGCCCCGCCCACCUUCUCCCACACUAUUGGCCCAGGCGGGGUUCCUUAG